CAAAAACAAUAGGCCUCAAGCUCAACUCGUCAGUGUCUGUUGCCCAAUAUUCGCCUGUAUAAAAACAUAUCAUCUUUUCCCUCCAAAAGGGGCUCAAAGGGAAAAUGAUGGGGCUGUUUCAGCUGCGGUUGCAGCAACUUCCGAUGGUGAAACCUUGUUAUUCUUGCACUUGCAUGCCCAUGGCUUCUUAUAGCCCUUUCUCAAGCUCUCUUACCAUUUCUCCUCGUCUCUCCGCUUAUCCGAAAUUGAUCAUCGCCCCCGCGAGUUCUACUUGUUUACUUCCUCCUCUCACUGUUGUCCGGUCUCGCUUCGUGUGUAAGAUGAAUGGCUCAGAUAUGAUUCGGCAGCUUGAACUUGACAAGCCAGAAGAGAGAAGGAAACCAGAGAAACGUGCAAAUGGUGUCUUCUGGAUUAUACUUCUCAAUCUUGGAUUAUAUGUUGCAGAUCACUUUUUUCAGGUUCGUGGCAUCAGAACCCUGUACUUGUAUCACAAUUUGCCUGCUUGGUACCAGUUUGUCACAGCAACAUUCUGCCAUGCUAGCUGGGAACAUCUUUCAAGCAACCUUUUUUUCUUGUACAUUUUUGGGAAGCUUGUUGAAGAAGAGGAGGGAAAUUUUGCAUUGUGGCUUUCUUAUAUUCUCACAGGUGUAGGAGCAAAUCUCGUUUCAUGGUUAGUUUUACCAAGAAAUGCAGUUUCUGUUGGAGCUUCUGGUGCUGUCUUUGGAUUAUUUGCAAUUAGUGUCCUUGUAAAGAUAACAUGGGACUGGAGAAAGAUCCUUGAAGUGCUUAUAUUGGGCCAGUUUGUUAUAGAAAAGGUAAUGGAAGCAGCCCAAGCUUCAGCUGCAUUGUCAGGCACUUUUCGUGGAGGAUUUCCUAUGCAGAGUGUUAAUCAUAUUGCACAUCUAUCUGGUGCCCUUAUUGGUGCGGUUCUGGUAUGGCUUGUCAGCAGAAUUCCUUCUUCUCCAGACCAUGAAACAUCAAAAUUGCAUGGAAAAUAGGCAAAACACAAUAAGCAAUAAGAAACUCUCGAUUUGUUGUCUCAUAAAUGUGGAUAAAUAGAAAAAAUGAAAAAAAAAAAAAAAAAAAUCCUUUUCGAUGAUGGUUUAUAUCUGUUGGAGAUGUAUGGACUGUGGACAUUUUGGUAGUGAUCAUUUUUAUAUGUACAUGUGAAUGUAAAAGUUGUGAGAAAGGUUAUAAACCAUUUAGUUGUGCAGCA